AUGGGUUUACUCAAAGAGAUUCAAGGAUUCUUUCACUCUGUCACGACAAAUGACCAUUACGCCGCAUACAACACUGCGGAGCCUAGCCAUCUUGGGUCAUCGACUGGGCAUGAGUCGUCGCAAUCGAUUUCAAUGCUGGACAACACUUCGUCCACUUCUCUAGCCCAGUUCAACAGCCGGUCAGCAAGAAACUCGACGUCCAACAGACCUGUGCAGUACCGUCCUGGAAUGCGUUCCCAGCUGAACGGCAGCGAUAUACAGAUGCAGGAUUAUAUUGAGGGCCAGCCGCCACUGCCAUCGGUUGCCGCUGUUUGGGAGAAGCUAGACACGUGGAUGGAGAACGAGUUCCCUGAGCUCGGCGACGAUAUGGAGAACGGGGCCACUGUGAACGAUUUAAAUGCGUUUGAGGAGGAUCUGAGUAUCUCCCUCCCUUUCGACGUUAGAGAGUCGAUCCAGAUCCACGACGGCCAGCUCAACUUGGGAAAGAAGCGUGGUCUUGUUUACGGAUACCCUUUGAUGGAUCUGGAAACUAUUGCUGCCGAAGUCAACAUCUGGAGAAAAGUUGGCGACAGAUUACAGAAAACUACAGAGCAAUAUGCCAGUGAACAGAUUUUAAUGGAGGGUCAAGAUAAGGCUGCCAGCACCAGCAGCUUCCAUGUGCAAAAGACGAAACAUUUUGCUUUUUUGGACCAGCAGAAGUCGGUUCCAAGAGGUGCUGUUCAGGAAGUGUAUUACCACAAUCAAUGGAUCCCGUUAGUCAAGGACAACGAGGGUAACAAUAUUGCAUUGGACCUUGCACCUGGUCCAAAGGGAAGAUGGGGGCAGAUCAUUUUGUUUGGACGUGACUUUGACACCAAGUACGUUGUUGCUUCGUGUUUCACAGAGUUUUUGCUUAAUCUUGCUGAGGAUUUAGAAGACGGCAAGUUCUACAUUGACGAGAUAGAUGAGGACCUUGUGUACUUGGAGAACGGCAAGACUCACUCGUACUUUGAGGUGCUUAAGUUCCGGUCGCUUGCUCUAGCCAAGAGCAUGGUGGGAAGCCGGCUGCCGAUUGGCAAGAGCGGAUCCAGUGUUUCACUUUUGGGAUCUCCAAGUCUAGCACAGACGCAGCUACCAAGAACGCAUUCUGCGCUCAACGACAGUUUUGUUGUUGAGGACGAGGACCAGGUGAUUCCUGGUGAGGAUGUGAUCAAGCCGGAGACCUCUGUUGACGAGGUUGCCGGCGGUCUGAAGGAGGUGGAUCUCAUAGAGACGGAGCCAAAGGAUCUGAUUGACGAGCCAGUUGCGACCGAGACGGUCGAUAAGCAAGAACAGGAGCCAGAGACGGCUGUUUCAACGGAGACGGAAGCCAAGGAGGAACUACAGCAGGAGACUGAGCCAGUGGAGCCAGUGGAGUCAGCCGAACCAGCUGAACCAACUGAAGCAGACUCGGCAGAAACUGCCGACAAGCUGGAACCUGUGGACUCUGGCGUUGCAGAGUCCGGCUCGACCGAUGCAGACGCGGAGGAGGACACCAAACCCCCAGCAGAGACCACCACUCCUGCCACCAAGUCCAAGCCGCGUAAGAAGAAGAAUAAGAAAUCUAAGAAAUAA